GAGUGUUAUUUUGUCUUCCCCAACUUCGAUGCAGCGAAAGACACACAACAGAAUACUGUAAAAACUGCUUGCUUUUAGAGAGAGAGAGAGAGUGUAGAGCUAAUCCCUCGCAGGCACCACGAGGAGAACAAGGCGGUGUCGGUUUCUGCUUGAUCUGGUUGCUGUCGAGAAUGAGACUGGUGUCCGAGGGUCCUGGAGGACUGGAAUGUAGUGGUGGUGAAGGAGGAGAAGGCGGAGGCGGCGCGGUGGUGGUGGUGGGAGUGAAGCUGGACGCGCGGAGCAGAGAGUUGCUGACGUGGGCGUUGGUGAAGGUGGCGCAGUCCGGCGACCGCGUCAUUGCUCUCCACGUCCUCGAUCCCACCGCUGAUAAUUCGAUCCUCCUUUCGCUAGUGAAGACUUUCGAUUCAGUGCUGGCUGCUUAUGAAGGCUUCUGUAACCUAAAACAGGUGGAUCUAAGAUUAAAGGUUUGUAGAGGAUCCUCAGUACGUAAAAUCCUGUCCCGGGAGGCAAAAUCAUGUGGUGCAACAAGUGUGAUAGUCGGAACUUCAGGAGUCCAUCGCACAAUCCGUUCCAGGAUCACCGUUGCCAAGUAUUGUGCCAAGAACCUCCAGAAGAAUGUGUCAGUUGUAUGUGUUGACAAUGGUAAAAUUCUUUUCCAAAGAAAAUCAACUGCUUCCACUGACCCGGAGUUUGGAAGUCCUGAUGCAUCAGAAUCAAAAUUCCAAAAGAGGAAGUCUUUGUUGAAAAGCCCUUUGAGCCUACCAUCACAGAGAGUUGUAUCACCAAGCAGUGGAAGCGAGAACCUCUUGAUGGCUCUGGUACCCAUUAAAACCCAAGAAAUGUCUGAAUCUAAAUCUGGAUGGACACUACUUCGCAGGGUAUUCUUACGUGGCCGAAGUGCAUCUGAAUCUUCUUCUACUAAGAAGUCGUCAGUAGUGCAAUGGUUAUUGAGAACACCAAGGCGACAGUCUGAUGCAGCUAUUUAUCCUGAUCAGAAACAGAGUAUUGCAUCCAAUAGCGAUGCCUGUUGUUUAGGUUUGGACGGAGAGAAGGGUGCUAUUGUACUGUAUCCAGAUGACACUAACUCUGAUGCUUAUUCUAACAAUAAUUUCUUGGAAGAACUUAAAGAUCUCGGAGAGAAAUACUCAGCAACUUGCCAAUUGUUUAGCUACCAAGAACUCUUGUUAGCAGCAAAUAACUUUACACCUGAAAAUUUAAUUGGAAGGGGGGGAAGCAGCCAGGUCUACAGAGGCUGUCUACCAGGAGGGAGGCAGAUAGCUGUGAAAAUUUUAAAGCCUUCAGAGGAUGUAGUGAGACAAUUUGUUUCAGAAAUUGAAAUCAUAACAUCUUUGCAUCACAAAAACAUAAUAUCUUUAAUUGGCUUCAGUUUUGAGGAAGACCGAUUAGUUUUGGUUUAUAAUCUUUUGUCCAGAGGAUGCCUAGAAGAGAAUCUCCAUGGUACUCUGGGAACUGGAAAUUUAUUUGGUUGGGAAGAGAGGUAUAAGGUUGCCUUGGGAGUUGCUGAUGCACUCGACUGUUUACAUAAUAGAGCUGAACCAAUUAUUCAUAGAGAUGUAAAAUCUUCAAAUAUCCUUCUUUCAGAUGAUUUUGACCCUCAGCUAUCAGAUUUCGGACUUGCUACCUGGGCUUCAAGCUGUUCACAUCAUAUGGAUACAUCUGAUGUUGCUGGAACAUUUGGCUACUUGGCUCCAGAGUAUUUUAUACACGGGAAACUGAAUGAAAGAAUUGAUGUGUAUGCAUUUGGAGUUGUACUCCUUGAGCUUUUGUCAGGUAGAAAGCCAAUUGAUAACGGACACCCAAAGGGCCAGGAGAGCUUGGUAAUGUGGGCGAAACACAUUCUGAAAGAAGGAAAAACUUCAGAAUUGCUAGAUCCAAAUUUGGUUAAUGCUUGUGACCCUGAUCAAUUUGAGAGAUUGGUCUUAGCUGCAACCCUUUGUAUCAGAGAUGCACCUCAAUCACGUCCCGAUAUUAGCACUGUUCUCAAACUCCUUCGAGGAGAUCCAGAAGUUGUUGAUUGGGCUAGACAGGAAACUAAUGCUUCGGAAGACAUCAAUGCUAUCAACGGCGAACAAUCUGCAGCAAACAUCCAAUCUUUCAUUAAUCUUGCUUUGCUUAAUUUGGAAGACGAUACCGCUUCUAUUAGCAGCACUGAGCAGAACAUCUCAGUGGAAGACUACUUGGGGGGCAGAUGGAGCCGGACCUCAAGCUUCAAUGAAAUUUAGUUCUCACAGACUCUGUCCAGGCAACGAACUAUUGCGGUGUGGCUCGAGGGUGUACAUGCAUUCACAAAGUGUCUGUUUGAGGAUUGCAAUCUUUCGUCCUCCUAGCUUCAUUUUCAAGAUUUUUGCUGGUGCGGCAAAAGUUGCUGCUGAAUCAUUGUAAUUAUCUCUUCAGAGGCAACUUUUGGAUGAUGACUGGAAUGCAGGAGUCGGUUGACGUCUAAUGCAUGGGGUUAGUGUUCAAUUGCAAGGAAAUUAUCUUUGGUUUCCCUGAUUACAUAUCGAGCAAAUGUUAAUUCGGCUUCUUCCUCUCUUUAGCUGGUAGUUUAUUUUGCAUCAAUUUCUUUAUACUAGAACAACCGUAAUUUUCAUAUUAAUGGAGGUGGUGGUUUCUUGGUCUUUUCUUCA